AUGAGCUCGGCUCACAAUCGUCUCGCAAAGGCUUUGUCUACGGGCGGCUUUGACACCAAGGAGGUCGAGGGCGGCAGUCGCAAGAAGGACAAGAAGAAGCGCAAGAGAAGCUCCUCUUCGGAGAGCCACAGGUCACAGGACGAGGACUACAACGACCUCAUGAGCAUCUUUGCCCUGCCGCCCAAAGAGUUCACACGAGCUGCACGGCAGGGUCGUUUGGACGACCUGACAUGCAAACAGAUUGCUGUGUCUUUGUCCAAUGUGGCUCCGUUUGUGAUAGCAUCCGAUUUGCUGGCAAUUGGUGGUGAAUAUGAGGCCAUGAUGAAUGACACCCAUCGCCGACUCAGAAAGUCGAGGGACGAGAAGGGGAAGACGGUUGCCGCGGCUACUGGGUGCUGGAGGCAACGAUUGUCCGAGGUUGGCCAUCUCCGCAACUCGGAUGAUGUUGCUUUUGUUCUUGCACUCUCCUGCUACGAUGUUUUCAAUCUCUUGCUCUGCAACCAAGUUAUCGGCAAGAACCUGACGGAUGUGACGAUCUCCAAUGCCAAGACUUUGUCUGAUGUGACUUCCCUGCUGAAAAGCCUCUUCAAGUCUUACAAGAGGAAGAAGAACUUGGUGGACGAGCAUAUUCACGCAUCCUACAACGACCUCAUGAAGAGAUUGAAGAAGGACCAUCCUUUGCAGAAGUUCCCCAAUGAGAUGCAGGCGAUGCUGGAGGCGAUGGGCCGAAUGAUCGACGAUCACAAGUGUGAGAAGGAGAAGAGGCAGCUGGAUCGUGAGAUUCACCUGGACCAGCGAACCGCGGAGCUGAACGACCGGGAAGCAGCUUUGGACGCCCGCGAGGAGGAGCUCAGGAAGCUGGAGAGGGAGCUGCUGGCCAAGCAGACAGCCCGGCCAUACCGGGUAAUGUGUACGACCUGUGGCCUACACCCGUGUGCCAGGGACCACUCCUGCGAUGUACAUGCUGACGGGCAUCAUAACUGCUACUGGUGCCACAAGGAGUGGAAGCAGACUGGGCACAAGACCGGUGGCAAGGGUCGUGCAGAAGCCGCUGAGAGAAGUGGCAAAAAUGCCAGGCAUGUGUAG